CUUUUCCAGGCUCCUGCGAAAGGCCGCGGUGUUUUGGCCCGCGGGCGGAGCCGUAGGCACAGUCUUCUCGGGCGUCCGCGGUCGGGAAACCCGCAGUCAGGGCUUCCGGGCCGAGGUUCACGAUGUCGGAGAAGGAAACGAGGGAGAGCGGAGGCUCCCCGGAGGCCAGCGGGGUGACUGUCAGCGACAUACAGGAACUGAUACGGCGCAAGGAGGAGAUCGAGGCGCAAAUCAAAGCCAAUUAUGACGUGCUGGAGAGCCAGAAAGGCAUCGGGAUGAACGAGCCACUGGUGGACUGCGAGGGCUACCCCCGGGCAGACGUGGACCUGUACCAGGUCCGAACCGCAAGGCACAACAUCGUCUGCUUGCAGAACGAUCACAAGGCGGUGAUGAAGCAGGUGGAGGAGGCCCUGCACCAGCUGCACGCUCGCGACAAGGAGAAGCAGGCCCGGGACCUGGCCGAGGCCCGCAAGGAGGCCAUGAGCCAUGGCCUGGGCCAGAGCCAGGACCUCAGCCCUGCUCAGGCCUUCGCCAUAGUGAACAGCAUCAGCCCCGGCUCCCCUGCCAGCAUCGCAGGUCUGCAAGUGGCUGACGAGAUAGUGGAGUUUGGCUCUGUGAACACCCAAAACUUCCAGUCGCUGCAGAACAUUGGCACUGUGGUCCAGCACAGUGAGGGGAAGCCCCUGAAUGUGACAGUGAUCCGCAGAGGGGAGAAAUACCAACUUAGACUCGUGCCGACACGCUGGGCGGGAAAAGGACUGCUGGGCUGCAACAUUAUUCCUUUGCAAAGAUGAUUGUCCCUGGGGAACAGAAACAGGAAAGCAUAUUCCCUUGCCCCAGACUUGGGUCUAGUGGGCAUUUCCUCCUUCUCUUCUCUUCCUGAAGCUCAAGGAUCUGGAAGAGGCUGGGAGCCUGAACUUCUAGGUGGUGGAAACGCUGUGGCCUCCCAGUGUGAUCUCUUGGGAUUAACGCAUUGUUAAAAACUAGAUUUGUGUUUAGCAUCUUUUGCAAAUUAGGCCACGGCCCUACAUGGGAAUCCUCUGGAUUGUGAGCAGGUGGGCGGGAGUUAUUCUGGUAGGUGCUGAUGUGACUUUAUGCUUCUAGAAAUUUUGUUUUUUUCCCCCAAAUAAACAGUUUUACAGUGUUGAUAUGAA